AAAAACCUAACAACACUGAAAAAAAAACUCCAUUAAUGGCAAAAGCCGUCACCAUUUUCUCGCUUCUUCUUCUUCUUCUUCUCUUACAUUCCCACACAGCAAAAUCUUCCACCGACACAAACCCUAAAUCCGCCGCCGCCGCAGAUUUCAUCAAAGCCGAAUGCAGAGCCACUCGCUACCCAGCCCUCUGCGUGCAGUGUCUCUCCAACUACACCACCACACCUCAGCUCACCCACCGCCAGCUGGCUCAAGCCGCACUCUCCGUGAGCCUCUCCCGAGCCCGCUCCUCGGCUAGCUUCAUCUCCCGGCUGGCUAAGAUGAAGGGAAUGAAGCCAGCCGAACACCGAGCCGUCAGAGAUUGCAUAGACAACAUGGGCGACACGGUGGAUCAACUCAGCCGGUCCAUGAAGGAACUCGGGUCGAUGGGCCGGGUCGCGGGCCAGGACUUCAACUGGCACGUCAGCAAUGUGAUGACGUGGACCAGUGCUGCCCUCACGAAUGAGAACACGUGCGUCGAUGGGUUUGCGGGCCCCGCAUUCGACGGAAGUGUUAAGGCUGCGAUAAGGAGAAGGGUUUUGAACUGUGCGCAGGUUACUAGUAAUGCACUGGCUUUGGUUAAUCGCUUUGCAACUAGGCAUAAACUUCCUUAAUUAAUUAAAGUCGUUGUUAUAUAUUUUAAACUCUUUUUUUUUUUUUUUUUUGAGAAAAUAAUUACUUGUGUAUAGUUGUUUUAAUGUUUGUGUAAUUUUGUUUGUUGUUGUUGUUGGUUCAGUUUUGUAGCUCAAGUGUUGUCUGAUUUUGGUGUUGCUGUAAUUAAUUAGUAGUGUGUUUUAUUUAUGCUAAAUUUAGUGAAGUGUGCUUUUCAAGUUA